AAGGUGGCUGUAUCCUUGAAUUCCCACGCAUUCACAAUCACUUUUCCCUGGAAGUAAGCUCUGCCAUAAGAAGGUCCGCGGAGUACCUCGGUAACUAUCCUUCGUAGCGAAGACGUCAACGUAUCCGAAUCCAAGGAGCAACAGAGGGCAUCAAUAAGAGCAAAGGAAAGAAGUCACGGUAGACGGUUUUACUGGCAUUACAAAAUGGCGGCCUCAGCACCUAUAUCAAGAACAAUCUACUUUGGGCCUUUUGCCCACAGCACAUCACUCACGACACUGGAAAUCGAACCGCAGGGCGCCAUCGGCGUAGACUCGAACGGAGUCAUCCGGUUCGUGGAGAGGAAUGUCUCUUCUCUCCCGGCCCUGCUAUCCUCGUUGCAAACCGCCAAAGAAGAAGACUGGACAGACGCAAAAGUCGUCUCGAUACCCAAUACGACGGCUGGUUUCUUCUUCCCCGGCUUCAUAGACACCCACGUGCACGCGCCGCAACACCCCAACACAGGUCUUUUUGGCAAAACGACAUUACUCGACUGGCUUCAAAAGUACACGUUUCCCAUGGAAGCGUCAUUUUCCAACGCCAGUCGCGCACAACGUGUGUACCAGAACUUUGUGUCGAGGACACUGUCUCACGGCACUACAACGGCUGCAUACUACGCCACCAUCCACGUGGAAGCUACAAAUACACUCGCAUUUAUCUGUCGGGAGCGAGGCCAGCGAGCCCUCGUGGGAAGGGUGUGCAUGAACAGCGACCUCAGCCCUGAGUACUACCGCGACAAGAGCGUCGAGACGAGCUACGCCGACUCAAAAGCGAGCAUCGAGUACAUCCGGUCGCUGGACCCCAAAGGCGAAAUUGUAAAGCCCAUCAUCACGCCGCGGUUUGCACCGUCAUGCACGCCGCAGUGUCUGAGUGCAAUGGGCCAGUUGGCUAAGGAAACCGAUGCACAUAUCCAGACGCACAUCUCCGAGAACAAGGGCGAGAUCGAGCUGGUCAAGAGCUUGUUCCCGGAUAGCGAGAGCUACGCACAGGUCUACGACACGCACGGGCUGCUGACGGACAAGACGAUCCUGGCGCACUGCGUGUAUCUGGGAGCCGACGAGCGCAAACUGAUUCUAGCGCGCAAGAGCAAGAUCAGCCACUGUCCUGCGUCCAACACGGCCAUUACAUCCGGGUGCGCGCCGAUCCGCAGUCUGCUGGACGAGGGCCACACGAUUGGGCUGGGCACCGAUGUGUCUGGCGGGUUUUCGCCAUCGAUUCUCGAGAAUGUGCGCCAGGCAAUCUGGGUGUCGAGGCACCUAUGUAUCCAGACAGACUCGGAGGCGGUCAAGCUGUCGACGGAAGAGGCGCUGUAUCUUGCUACGAGGGGCGGGGCGGCCGUCGUUGGCAUGCAGGAUAAAGUUGGGGGGUUUGAGGUGGGCAAAGAGUGGGAUGCGCAGAUGAUUAGCCUGGGUCCUGUCGCCGAAGAUGGCAAUGAGACUGGGGAGUUUGAGGAUGGGCCUGUUGAUGUUUUUGGCUGGGAGAGCUGGCCCGAUAAGGUGGAGAAGUGGGUGUAUAGCGGUGAUGACCGGAAUACCGUGGCUGUCUGGGUUAGAGGCAGGCUGGUCCAUGAGACGAUCAGGUAUCCGUACUAUCGAGAGGGCAGUGAGUAUGACCUGCCUUCUGACACUACACCUUGAGCUGAGGUCUGUAUACAUCAAGUAAACGACGAGAAGAGAGUGAACAUCUGGGUUUGAUUACACAGUAGAUGGUUAGAACUUGUAGUACAUAUAGAGCUGAUCUUCCAGCCUAGGGAGGUUAUGUCCCAUACUGUAACUUCAACUCCAUUAGCACCUGUGAAAGU